AUGGAACCCGACACGGCGGCCAAGGGCCCGGCUCCGCCGGAACCCUCCGCCGAGACCCCGAUCGAUCUGAAGGUCCAGCUGACAAACGCGAUGAACGGUGAGGAGAUCUGCACAGUGAAUGCCAGCAGCCAGUGGACCAUCGCCCUUCUGGCCCGCGCCGCGGCAUCCCAGGCGCCAUCUCCAGGCGGCUGCCGCAUCUUCCUGAAGGGCGCGGGGGCGCUGACGGCAGGGACGGUGCUCUCCGAUCUCCAGGAGGAUGCCGAGGAAACCAUCCAGCUAUCUACCCUGGUGCUGAGCGCAGUUGACGGGGUCUACACGGCGAGGAUCAAGCUAGGGGAUUUCGAGGAGCAGGACCCCUUCGCUGGGGGCUUGAGACCGGGCCGCUUGCACCUCAUCGGUGGCCGCGGCAUGGGUCGCGAUCCGCCGGCCAGGGUCGGCCUGAAGCUUCACAAGGAUGGGAUGGCCGAGUUCGUCUACGAGAAGCCGCCCUUCGACCGAGGCCAUUGCGCGCCGCCGUCUGGCGGUCGGUGGGUGCAUGCCAAGGGCAACUGGACGUACAGCGUUCCUGGUGUGGAGGUCGUUCUGACUCAGGGCAGCGAAGGAACCUAUGUUCGAGGCAUGUCCAGGGAACACGGGCGCUUCCAGCAGGAGCAGGUCAUUCUCUUGGCCAUGGUCAAGGAGGGCCAAUUCGACAUUGUUCAGAGCCGAGGUCGUCUGGAAGGUGGCUCUCCACCUGUCGGACUGCCCGUUGGUGCAGCCUUGGUGAAGCAGGACGUUGCGGACAAGGUGCCCUUCGAUCGCAUCUUCCGGCACCAUCCUGAGUAG